AUGAACCCGCCCAAAGUGGCUUCUAUAGUCACCGUGGCGGUCGUGCUGCUUUCACUACUUAACGCUGUGCUCAAGUACUACACGUAUUUUCUGCUUAUAGUGGCAGCCCACAAAUCGGAGGACACCGCCAACAGUUCAGCCAGUGAGUCUGAGGUCCCACAUCCUCAUGAUCUCUAUGUGCCGUUCCUCACAUUCGUGCCUACGAGGUCUCCAGUGGCUCUAAGACCGUGGGUGCUCCUUACGGCGUCGUUUAUUGAAGAAAGCUUCUUUAGCCUUACCCUCGCUACAGCCUCUGUCUUCUACCUAGGGUGGUACUUGGAGGCCAAGUGGGGCGCCAGAGCGUUCUUGAAGUUCAUUCUAGUGGCUGUUUUGACUACGAAUAUGGGGCUUUACUUCUGGUACGCUGCUAAGAACGCCCUUUGGCAUCUGACUUCGGUGCCGCCUGUGGUCUCGUCUACCACUGCCAUCAUCAUGGCAUGCUUGGUUGCAGUGAAACAACGGAUUGCCAACCACUAUGUCAUUCUCUACAAAAACUUGUUCCGCAUCAAGGUGACGUAUAUUCCUUUUUGUUGGUAUGUGUUUUUGUUCAUUGUCAGUGUUCCUUUCCCAGACUGGCACAUCAUGCAUUGUGAAGCAUUAGUGGCGUUUGCCGCUUCAUGGAUUUACUUGCGUUUCUUCAAGGAGGGCGCCAACGAAAGACAGUCCUACUUGAUUCCAUUUUCCAUCAAAAACACGCAUGUGGAGUCCUCCCCAUUGGCCUCACCCACCAAACUCAAGUUUGACGAAAACCUACCGAAGGGUGACAGGUCUAACCUGUUUGCGCUCUACACAUUCUUCCCCAGCUACCUUGGCUCGUUUGUUAAGCUCAUCAGCAACACUCUCUUUGAGUCAGCCGUACACCAUGGUAUUCUCAAUGCUAAAGACUUCAUAGGCCAUGAUGAGGACGACAUGGGAGACCCUCAUGUCGGAGGAAUCAAUUCCAAGUUAUUCAGCUUGUCUCGUCUCAAAGGAGCUGAGAACGUUGGAAUGAUGCCACACGCUGGCGACAAAUUUAAGAGCUUUUUUGGGUUGGCCCAGAAAGACGAGACGAAUGACAGCAUUAAAAUGUCUAUGGAGAAGAGACGAAAACUUGCCAUCCGGCAAUUGGAGUAG